AUGAGUCUCUAUUUUACUUCAUUGUUUCUACUACUGACCAUCCAAAUGGCGGUAUUAUUCAUAUCCAUCUUACCCCUUCCAAACAAGGUUCGUAAGGGGAUCUUCAAUUCAUACUAUAGAUUGACAUCCAGUCAACAAUCAUUAACGGUUAUCAUUAUCCUUGGUGUUUUAGUGGGUCUAUUAUUUGCGGAUUCGUGGAAAAGAGCACAAAUUCCGGUUACUUUGUAUCGUCAUAAGCAUUAUGAAAAUGGUAUUGAAGAUCCAAAUCCUGUUACCUCGAUUCAAGUAUUGGCUACCAGAGCUUAUAAUCAAAGAAAUUGUUACAUUUCUGGGUUUAUUUUGUAUUUCUUAGUUUGUAUUCCUACCGUGAUGAGUAUCUUAAGAAGAUUAGUGAAAUACAAGGAUUUGAUCAUACAACAAGAGAAGGGUCUAUCUGGAGAUGUCAAAGUUUCUUCAGAUGUGGUCACUACAAAGGAGGUGGAAACUUUGAAAAAUUUGUUACAUGAAAAGAAGACCUCUCUUGAGGGUGUAAAGAGACAAGUGAAGAAUUUGGAAAAGUAUUUCGAUGAAAUGAACAAAUCUCCAAAUAAAGAAUCUGUCAACACGAAAAAGAGCGAAUAA